GCAGUUUUGAUGCAGUAGCACGUGGUUCAGCACGCGUGUUGUGUUGUGAUGCGCGGUUGGACUCUCAACUGAAGGAUAUAGAGGCUAUAUAAAACUCAACUCACGCAGAAAACGAGAGAUCUUGAGUUGGAGUUUGAGAUGGAUCAGCAUGAUCCACCAGUGUCUGAAUUACUGCCGCUCAUGCGGGCUGCAUCAACGUCACCAGAAGGACCAAAGUGGUCUCGGAAGGGCUCUCCUGACAGCGACGAGGAAUGGGGUCCUUCACAGAGUCUGAGGCACUCCCAGAGGGAAAGUGAUUCCACUCCCAUAGACAGUGGCUCUGAGAGCGACUUUCGGCCAGUUGUGAAGGAGGAGAUAAAGAUUGAAGUCACUUCACCAAGGGUUGAGCGGCCGUCGUCUCCCUCGGUGUCGGACGACGAUCCUUUGUCGGACAAAGCUCUGCAGUCUCUGGUGAAGGAGGAAAAGUUCCGACCUAGAUCGCCGUCACCGUCUGAGGACUUCUUGGGGUUCACUGAGGUGGAUCGAGACAGUGCUUGUUUCAUGUCCAAUGUAAAAAGGGAUAUGCUACUGGGAUGCCCGUCGGACAGUGAAGACUCGGCAGAAGUCUUUGCCGAAGGAGAGUUCAUGAAGAGUCCACGUCUCGUCAUAAACUACCGUGAUGUGGAUGGUCUCGAUGAUGGUAACAUAUUUUGUGACGUGUGCUGCCGCGAUUGGGACGGUGAAUGUCCCGUCCAUGGACCGCUAAAGAUCAUACACGAUACCAAGGCACGACCCGGUAUCGGAGAUGCCGACAGGGACGUCAAGACCCUGCCGCCUUCUCUCAGCUCUGGUCAGUCGAGAAAUCCAGCGUCUGGCACCGGAGUUUUGGCAGAAAAGGACCUUCCUGCGCGCCAAAGACUCGGUCCUUACGAGGGUAUCUUGACCACCGAACAGGGUCAGGCUCGAACCACCGGGUACAGAUGGCAGAUCAAGAAGGGUGACCGGGUGCAUCACUCGGUGAAUGCCGAAGACCCGAGCUGCAGCAAUUGGCUCAGAAGGGUCAACUGUGCCCGCUCGGAGGAAGAACAAAACCUAGUGGCCUUCCAGUACCGGGGUCAGAUAUACUUCAGGACGUCAAAGCCCGUUCCGCGGGGCUCUGAGCUGCUGGUGUACUACGGAGACGACUCGGCCCGGGAACUGACCGUCCACUCGGAGACGUCUGGGCAGUCUGUGACUUCCUCUCCGGCCGGACCGUCAUCUUCAGGCACGUCUCUUGCAAGGGACACGGCUCAGGAGUUUGCUGAUGAUGUGCCAGAUCUGGGCACAUGUGGACGCUCUGAGGGCGCAGCACUGACCGGAGCGGGCACGUCGACGCACCCGUCUGCCGGUGACCAGGCUCCGCACCCGUCCGCCGGUGACCAGGCUCCGCACCCGUCUGCCGGUGACCAGCCUCCGCACCCGUCUGCCGGUGACCAGGCUCCGCACCCGUCUGCCGGUGACCAGGCUCCGCCACACCGGUGCGACCUCUGCGGACUGGCGCUGCACGGCCUGGCCGAGUUCCAGAGCCACCUCGACGGCCAUUCCAGACGUCUGGAUGUCUCCUCCGACCACAGCGGUAGCGACACGGGCGCCGAAAACACGGAGCAGGACGAAUGCCGGAAUGUGCGGCGCACAUACCAGGACAGCAAACCGUCACUGGACAGUUCCGGGCAACAGCGGCGGUCCCACGCUUCGACUGUGUCGGAUGGUGUUAGCGCCAGCCGAGUUACUGAUGAGUCCGGAGACGAAGAGGACGGGGCGCCCGGGUCUGGUACUGAUGAGUCCGGAGACGGAGAGGACGGGGCGCCCGGGUCUGGUACUGAUGAGUCCGGAGACGGAGAGGACGGGGCGCCCGGGUCUGGUACUGAUGAGUCCGGAGACGGAGAGGACGGGGCGCCCGGGUCUGGUACUGAUGAGUCCGGAGACGGAGAGGACGGGGCGCCCGGGUCUGGUACUGAUGAGUCCGGAGACGGAGAGGACGGGGCGCCCGGGUCUGGUACUGAUGAGUCCGGAGACGAAGAGGACGGGGCGCCCGGGUCUGGUACUGAUGAGUCCGGAGACGAAGAGGACGGGGCGCCCGGGUCUGGUACUGAUGAGUCCGGAGACGGAGAGGACGGGGCGCCCGGGUCUGGUACUGAUGAGUCCGGAGACGGAGAGGACGGGGCGCCCGGGUCUGGUACUGAUGAGUCCGGAGACGAAGAGGACGGGGCGCCCGGGUCUGGUACUGAUGAGUCCGGAGACGGAGAGGACGGGGCGCCCGGGUCUGGUACUGAUGAGUCCGGAGACGGAGAGGACGGGGCGCCCGGGUCUGGUACUGAUGAGUCCGGAGACGAAGAGGACGGGGCGCCCGGGUCUGGUACUGAUGAGUCCGGAGACGGAGAGGACGGGGCGCCCAGGUCUGGACCACACCGGUGUAAAAAAUGCGGAAACUGCUAUAAGUACGCUAGAGGACUUAAAACGCACUUGGCGACGCAUUCAGAUAAAGCGUCACACAAAUGCAGUUUGUGUGAAAGGGCGUACAAAAGGAGAGAUGUUCUUUUGAGACAUAUUCGAGAAGUUCAUUUCGGAGAUGUCAAACCUAAAACGAAAGACCUGAAACUGAGGCAUGUUUGCGAUUUAUGUGGAAAAGGCUUCGCUGCGCCGAUUGCCUUGAAAAGACACAUUAAGUGUCACAUGGGUGAAAAGCCAUUCAGAUGUGGCGAAUGUUUUAAAACAUUCGCGCUUAAAGGUGAUCUGACGAAACAUUACAUGACGCACACUCAGGAGAGGCCUCACAAGUGUGAGCUAUGUGACAUGCAGUUUGCCAGGCGCACUACGCUCCAGAAACACAUGAGAAUUCACACCGGGGAAAAGCCUUACACCUGUGAGACAUGUGGACAGGGCUUCUCCCGCCAGGAUGUGCUAUCAACGCAUCAGCGCCGGCACACUGGCGAACAACCCUACAAAUGUGGAAUUUGUGGUGCGGGCUUCACCCAUAAACCCCCUCUCAUGGCCCAUCUGAAAAAGAACGGUAAAUGCGCGGGGAGCAACAGGCAGGGAGACUGUUGAGGAACUGGUGCACCGCCAUGACCAUGUUCACGUGCAGAGGGCCCUGAACGACGGUCAGUGCCCCCAGGCCCUAUCAGACAUGUUCGUCCACCGUUCAAUAGUGUCAUCUCGCAACUCCGCGCAGUUUUAUCGGGUAUGCUCGACCUCCCAAAGUGCAGGCUCUCCACAACCCAGCGGCAGUUCGCUUAUAGGGCCGCGGCGGCGUGGAGCGCAAGCCGCACACAUUAGGCACUAGGGGGAUGGGCGCAAGAUGAUGAUGCAUUUGGUUGUAUUUUAAAACGCUGUUGUAUUUUAGUGUUUGAAACGUGUCGUUCAUGUCGCUUUUAAAUAUAUUCCCAGUCUUUUUAUACUCAACUUGUACAACACGUUUAAUCAUGUAUAUUUGAUUGAG